AUGUCCUCCUCCGACCGCACCACAAAUCGCCCACUGAAGCCGACGCUGGCGUCGGCCAGGACUGCAAGAACACCGCUAUUGACACCGCGAGUUGCUGGCAAUGCGACGUCGACACCGUCCUCGAGACAAGCUGCCCCGCGACUGCCCACCACAAACAGGACGCCCGUCACGCCACGAGCCAAGCCCCAAGAGGAGAGCAGCAGCACUGCUACUCUUAACGUCACCCCGCGAUCUUCCUCCAGGAAAUCGAGAGGCAGCAUACAGACGCCUCCGUCACAGGAAGACUUGUUAAACGACACGAAGCCACGGAGUACACUGGGAUUGGAGGUGAGUUCUGGCAGGAGCAGCGCAACGAGUGGAGUGGGACAAUCGCAAGGAUAUGCGCAUAACACGUUGAGGCCCGGCAGGCCAAAGACCACUGUGAUCGACAGCGCUGCGAGGUCACCCCAGCUUUUCCGUUCACCUGCGCAAUCGGAUCUGGACUCGGCCGUUGCAAAGGACAGCAUCGAAGCUCGCUUCUUUCACGCAAGUGAUGCUCGGAGGCAGGAGCCUGUGCAAAAGAGACCUGAGCCAAAGAAGGCACCUUCAUUCUUUUACGCGGAUGGCAAGGCGGACAAGCCGGCGACUGCGGCAAGAGCACCGUCGCCUGUACUGUCGGCCGUGUCGGAAAAGCGACUCAGCGGACCAUGGACAAGACUCGAGGCGCCGUUACAAUUAUCGAAAAGUCCGCCAAUGCUGUCACCAUCAUUAUCUUCGAUGACCGGUGCUUCUCCUUACUUUGCUGCAGCAGCGCCGCCACGUGGCCAGCUGAGAUCACCUUCACCUAGCAAAGAGCACAUUCAUCUGUCUUAUCGUAAGGGGGCAUCACAGAUAUUUGGGACCCGGCCACCAGUUUCGCCCACUGUACCUGCGCACAUUCCACAACACGCUGAAAGCGAAGUUCCGCGAAGACCGAGUCUGGGGCCCUUGCAUCGCAAAUCCACCAGCUUGUCAUCCAUUGACUCUGGAAACUCCCAACAAUCUAGGAGACGCUCUGCUACCGGUAUUGAUUCUGCGCCUGCGACCUCACCCUUGACGCUGGAGCUGAAGACAGCAAGACCGCCUCGCUUGGCGAGCCCUGCAGCGGAUCUGCCAACCAUCGAUACAUCGUUAGCGUCGCCCGGUCUCUUAACCUCACCACCACAGUCGUUGCUCAGUCCCACGAAGAAUGCCUCGGAAUUAGCAGCAGACGCAAGGCGCGAGAGGAAGGUCUUGGAUCUGGAGAUAUCGAACAGCUCAUUGCUGGCCAUCAAUGCCAGUCUAGAAAGAGAGAUGCGCAGGCAAAGGGCAGAAUUGAAACGCUUCAGGCGCUUAUCGAGAGCUGGUCGCUUCUCGCUUGCAGCCAGUGAUACAAGACUUUCUGAUGCAUUGAGCACUCCUGGAGAGGAAGGCUAUGAGGAUGAUGAAUUUGGCCAAACUUCCAGGCUGGCCGAUGGGCAAGAUGAAAUGAGCGAGUCUGACGAGGAAGGUAGCCUCAUGAGCGGUAGCGAGCCACUGUCCCCAGAUGCUCAAGCCACCAAAGAGCAGGAUCGACUUGCAAAGGAUGAGAAGCGUUUGAGGGUGGACCUCGAGCGACACAAAGAGCUCCUUCUCCAGAGUCAGUCGAUGAACCAAAGUUUGAAACGCUGCAUGUUUGCGACUGAGGAGAUGAUCCGAGAAGGUCGAAAGGCUCUGCAGUAUAACGUACGAGUGUCAGACGUCAAGCUUGGUGGUCGCAUCUUGUCUGGCCAUGACGACGAGGAGAUCGAGGUUGACGAAGAAGGAGGAGAUGACAUUGAAAGUGCCAAAGGACUUUUCGACGUGUGGAGAGGCGUUGGCCGCUUAGAAGGAAGUGAAGGCUCCGGGGAUCGAGAUUCUGGCAUCGAAGUCGACAAACCGUUAGGCUACGCUCGGCCUUCGACCAUGAAUGAUCCUACGGAUCUCGGAAGACCACCUGAGCGUUGA